AGAGCACGUGACGUGUGCCGGUGUGUGCGUACACUACCGUUGCCUGCAAACUGGCAGUAGGCUUUGAACUUUCUUUAUAAGUCUCCAAAGUAUACUUCACAUCAUGAACAGUCAAGACGCAUUUAGAAAAUUCGCUCAGCAACUACAGAGGGCUAGUCAGUCUGGAGGUGGUGGUGGGAUGCCAGGAGGUCCAGGUCGCUUCCUUGCAGGCGGGGGCCUUAUAGUCGCGCUGGUGGGCGGUGGACUUCUUCUGAACGCGAGCUUGUUCAAUGUUGAUGGUGGCCACAGAGCUAUCAAAUAUACUCGUCUCCAAGGUGUCAAGGAUGAGGUGUACAACGAAGGGACGCACCUCAUGGUUCCCUGGUUCGAGACUCCAAUAGUUUUCGACAUUCGCGCGAAGCCUCGGAGUGUAGCAAGUUUGACUGGCACGAAAGAUCUGCAAAUGGUUAACAUCACUUGCAGAGUUCUGUCCCGACCGGCUGUAUCUGCUCUGCCUCAAAUAUACCGCGAACUAGGAAAAGACUACGACGAGCGCGUGCUACCGUCUAUCGUCAACGAAGUUCUCAAAAGUGUGGUCGCACAGUUCAAUGCAAGUCAGCUUAUUACACAACGUGAGAUGGUGUCCCGGUUAAUUCGCGAGAACCUAACAAAUCGCGCAUUACGUUUUAACGUGGUGCUGGACGAUGUGUCUAUCACCCAUGUGGCGUUUUCACCCGAGUUUACGCAUGCUGUUGAGGCUAAGCAGGUCGCUCAACAAACAGCUUUGAGGGCCGCCUUCUUGGUUGAUCAGGCCAUUCAAGAAAAGCAGUCUAUUAUAGUGCGAGCCCAAGGUGAGGCAAAGAGUGCUGAGUUGAUCGGCGAAGCUAUGCGCUCCAACAAAGGAUUUCUGGAACUCCGUCGGCUUGAGGCCGCAAGGGAUAUUGCCAACAUGCUAGCCUCCUCGGGAAAUAAAGUGAUGUUAGAUGCCCAGAGCCUCUUGUUGAAUGUGACUGGAGAGGACACAAAGGAAUUGCUGAAAGUAAAGAAGUGAUCUUAUUGCCACAUUUCGUCAUCAUCGUCACCGUCGCUGCUAAUGAAAAUGCAUAUGUCGACUAUGACCUUACAUAUUGAACUUCAAACUGCAGGAACGCAUAUAUCUGAAAUAAAGCAUGAAGGCUCAGUGGCACUCUUGUCCAUGAUC